AUGAGGCACCGCGACCUCGGCCCAGAGCAGGAGAAGGAACAGGGGGUUUUUAGUCAUGCUAUGGGUGACAAAAAUAGUGAUGAUGCUGAUAAUAACCUGCUGAGGACGGAAGAAAACAGUGAAAUGUCCAAAAAGAGUCCUGAAGGUAUUAUAUCGGCAAAAAAUUCGGAUGGUGAUACUCAAAACAAUAGCGGCGUUUCUCAAACGCAAUAUGUUUCAAAACAACUAAGUAAUAAAGACUCUGGGGAUGCUGGAGAGCACAUCUCUAGUAAAAACUCAAAAAUACUUGAAGAAGAGAAUUUAAAUUUAAUUGAAACUUCAAAAGAUUACCAUACGUCUGUUGACGGCAAAGGGAGUGGUAAUCAUACAGCCACUGACAGUGUGACUAAAGAUCAAAAUUUAGAAAAGAGUUCUAAUACCCCUCCUGAGGAAGAAACUGAUGAUGGUCUAGAGAAACUUAAAGAAUCAACAAACAAAAUGUCUCAGGAUUCAGAUGAUAAAUAUGAAGUGGAUGAAGAUGAGAUGGAAUUAAAAUGGGAUGACGAUGAAGUCAUGGAUCCAAUAGAGGGAAUUGACAGUGGCAGAUAUUCACCUAAAAAUGAAGAUUUAUUAGAAGAACAGCUUUUGGCUGAUCCUACAGACACUAAUGUUGAAAGUAAAGUGUUGGAUGAACCCAAUAAGAAUUCUGACUCAAAAUCCAAUUUCGAAAAUGCAGAAAUAGAAAAUGACCUUUUAGAAGAUAGUAUUAAUUCAGAUUUAGAGGCAGACACAGUACUGAAAGAAUGUCAAGAUGUUUUAGAUGAAAAGGACAAUCUAUGUGAGGACACAGAAAUGACUGAAAUAGAAAAAUCAGAAAAGAUAACAAAAAAUAAUACGGAAAAAUCUCUAGAAGAAGCUAAAGAAGAUGAAUCGUUAGUGGAAUCAAAAAAUCCUAAACAUACAGGUAAAUCAGCAUUUGAAAUAACAUCUUUCACUGAUAUUGUUAUGGAUACUGAUGAUGACAAGGUGAAACAGGGUAAAAAAGAUGAAGAUCUUCUGAAAAAUCAGGAUAAGAAAGACAAAAAACUUGAUGAUGAAGCUUUACUAGAAGAUCAACUUUUAGCAGAGACUGAUAUACCUGAAUUGGUCCCGGACACAGACUCAAUGGAUGCUGUAGAUGAUGACAAAGAAAGAGAACUAUUAAAAGAGGAUGGAGAAUCUCAAAGUGCCACAGAUCUUAAAACUGUUCAAAAUACUGAAGAUGAAAUUGGAAAUAUAAAUAAAGAUGAAGAUGCAGUUUUAGAUCAGGAUAAAGAAAUAAAUACUGAGACUGAAAAAGCUGAGGGCCCAGCUAAGGUUUCAGAAAGUAUUGACCAGACAGUUAUUGAUAUAGAUUUGAUUGCAGAUGUGAAUAAAACCAAUGACUUCAAUAAAGAAAAAGAUAAUAUCUUAGAAGAAGCUGCACUAAAUGAAAAUGAUAAAAAAACCAUUACUGUAGAUGAUGUAGAUGGUAAUGUAAAAGACAAUUUAGUUGAAAGCACAGAAAAUUCUAACUUGACACCUGAACAAAUUCAGACUGAUCCAGAAUUACCCAGUCCAGGACAGACGGAAGAAAUUUCAAAUAAUAAAGAACCUGCUGUAAAUGAAGAUAAGACUGAAAAUCUAGUCACAAAUGUUGAAAAACAAGAAAAAUUACCAAAACAAGAUUUGGAUUUAGACAAAACAGCAACCGCAGAUGACAUGUCACUUUGCGAAGCUGCAUCAUCACCCGCACCAAUAAAAACAAACCACAGACUAAACAAACCCGAUGCUAUGUUAGAAAUACCAACGCAAGAGCUUUUAGACAUUGAUGAUCUGUCGUUCGGACUAGACCGAUCAGACAGUACGGAUAGCCCCGAUGAUGAUGAUGAACAGGACACAAGUGUUACGGCUCCGGUUAAAGAGCCACCAGCACCGGUGAGAGAGGAGUGUAAUGUUGCGGAGGGUGUGAAUCGGAGAGGGAAUAUGGUACCAAAUGAGAGUAUAGAAGAUAGUUUGGAGAAGAUGUUUGCAGACCAUGCUCCAAUAGUUAUACCAGUGGAACAACCCGUAUAUGUGGCUGAUGCAUCAAGCCAAUCAGAUUUAGGUAUACCACUAUCCUUUCUUCCUGGAACUGCGAGCGUCGCUAGUACAUCAACUGCUGUUAGUCUUGAAACUACAGCUAAUGCUGUUACUGAAACCGCCACACCAACUCCAACAGAUACCACAACAGCAAAUGAUGCUCCAACGACAACUGAUCCAGGUCCUGCCAACGAAAUGACUCCAGACACGUCUAACGGUGUUCCUGAAGUGUCAGACAGUUUAGGCCUCCUAGCCGAAUCAUCAGGACGAGUCAUGGAAGACGAUGAGGAGCCAGAAGAUGAUGAUGAUGGCGAUGAUGAUGAGGAUUUCGAUCAGGAUGAAAGCAGUAACCAGGUAUCAGCGGAACAGUCAGAAGACUCCAACCCACCUGCCUCCGAACAUGAACCAGCUAAAGACCAGGAUGGCAAGGACUUGGAUACUCCGGAGCCCAAAGAUGAGCAGUUCACCUUCAGCGCUGCAGACCCUCCGAAUGCAGAGGAGAAAAUGGACGUUGAUAAUGAAAAUUGCGAAUUUGGAACGUUGGAAAUACACGCGGAGACGAUCCAGGAGGACGAUUCGAAUUCAGAAGCUCAUGCUGUACCUGCCUUAGAAGACGGUCCUGGUGAACAAAUUGAGCAACAAAAAGUAUUAUCAGACCAAAUGGAUAUAGAGACAGUGAAACUGUCUGACACUUCUGACAAUGAAGCUGAGGACAACGCAAGCGAAGUCAGAAAUCAGACUACUGACGAGAUAAAAGAGACUGAAGAUCAACAAAAGAAAAACGAGAAAUCACCAUCAAAGUCGCCAGCUUCUAAGAAUGAAUCGCCAAGUCGUUCGCCUUGCAAGUCUUACACGCAAUCACCAACUAAGGUGAAGAAGCUGGAGAUUAUAACGCAACAGGAAAGCAACGUUGUCAACAUUGUAGAUUUGGAAGAAAGCAGUUCUUCCGAAGAUGAUAUACAAGAAAUUGACAAACAGACAGAACCUCAAGCCAAACGAUUAAAACAAGAUGAAGUUCAAAGGACGUCAGAAUCUGACGUAACUGACGUCAACAUCCCGACUGGCAUUGAAAUCAUGUGCACUUCCGCCGGAAACACGUCAGAGAUCGUCACCAAAGAGGGUGAGGUCGUUAUAAGUGGAGUGCCUAAACCGCCUCCUCAUAAAGUGGCAAGACUGAAUACAAGUGAAGUAUCAAUUAAAACAGCUAGCAACACUGAACCAAUGGUCAUACCGGUUACUCAGAUAACAGAACAACAACAGACAUCAACGGAUCCUAAACCUAAGAUAGGUCUAGAAAUAUUCAACCUAGAUUCUGAUGAGGAUGAGAGCACACCUAAAGAAAAAACACCAGAUCCGCCCCCCGAAGCCCCCAGCGACCCCGAGAAGCCUCGUCGGUGUGUGAACGACCGUUGCCCCAGUGGCCCAGAUGUCGCCUUCCUACCGGCGAGUACGGCGGUCGUGGCGUAUUACGACGCGCCUAGGAAGAAGAAACAUCUAGUCUGCCAACCUUGUGCUGAUGUGGUUCUUGCUAUGGAGACGAAACUAGUUGAAGGGAUAAAGAAUUUCACGCCCCUCCUAGAAUUGGAUAUGAGCAAGAACAGCCACGAUCUGGUGAAGAUAUCUGACUCCGAGUCUGAUGAUGAGGAUCAGAGUCCUGAGGAGGAGAGGGAGUGCAUAGGAGAGAAGGGAGCCAAGUUCUUAGAAGAUAAUUUAGCCAAUUAUUUCAAUGAAACAUGGAAGAAAUACAACAUGGACGCUCGCUUGAAGGAAACUCAAACAAUGCUGGACGAAGAGAUUAAUAAACUGGAGAAGGACAGCAAAGAAAUAGACGCCAUGUUGAAUGAAUGUCAGGCUGCCACAGAUAAGCUGAGGACGGAACUCUAUGCUACGUUCGAGUGUAGGAGGCAGGAGCUUACUCCAUUGGUGUUAUUCGACAUGCCCAAUCUUAAGUUCGUAGCUCUAGAAGCGGAGGAACCGACUGCGACUCCCAAAAAUCAAACUGAGUUGAAAUCGCGCCAAGCUAAACGUCGUAACUCUUCGAGCAACGAUCUACCGCCCAAGAAGCCUGCCAUUGCAUUAGGAUACACGCCCUUAGAACAAGAACAACCUAAGGAACCGAAACUAGCAUCGUCAACAUCCGCGCCGGAUGUUAAAAUGGAUGAUGAUAAAGAUAUAUCAGUAGUAAAGUUAUCAGCGGAAUCGGCUCCGGCAGACCUGCCCCCUCCUGGGGAGAUCUCCCGCCCACCUCUCCGCAUCAGUAUGCCAGUCUACGCCAUGAAGAACGCCUUCGGACCCUGGCUCAAGGGCAGGAUAUUGGAGAUUCUGCCCAAGAAUUCUGCUGGGGGCAACAUGUUUUCUUUGUGUCGAGUGAAAUUCGACCAUAAAGCCAAGGCGGGAGGGAAGAUAUUGCCAGCUCGUUGCAUAGCGUACUCAGAGCCCGCUGAUGUCAGGAUGACUAUAGGUACUCGUCUAAUAGCUUUGUUCAAAGACUCGAACAAGCGGGAGUCUUAUUACUCGGGCGUAGUCGCCGAAAUACCAAAUCCAGUCAAUAAUUAUAGGUACCUAGUGUUUUUCGACGACGGGUACGCUCAAUACGUCCAGCAUCAACACACGCGCCUCGUGUGCGAGAGCUCUCCCCUCGUCUGGGAGGAGGUGCAUCCCUUCUCCAGGGAGUUCGUCAGGGAGUACCUCCUUGCGUACCCCGAGAGGCCAAUGGUGAGGCUUCACGAGGGACAGAAUCUGAAGACUGAGUGGAAUGGAAAAUGGUGGCCAUCUCGCGUCGCUCGAGUGGACGCUUCUCUAGCUCAAGUAGUGUUUGUGGGCGAUGGACGAAGGGAAUGGAUAUAUCGAGGGUCCACCCGCCUGGCUCCAUUGUACCUUGAGCUCAGAGCUGCUGAGAGACAUCGCCCUAGACCCAUGCCCAGGAGUAAAGCUCAACCUAGGUCGAACAUGCCGUAUGUAGAAUACACGAGGUCUGAUGAGCAAGAGUCCAAGAACAGGCAGGAGACACAGGUCCAACAACAAGAACAACAACAAAACGAGGAGAUACGUCGUCAACGUGCAGUAGCUAAGAAGUCGACCGCAGUACCGAACGUCCUGCCGCCUCAACAGGUCGCCUCCAACAACGAUGCCGUGACUAGUAGAGUUGUGUACUACACACCAAAGAAUGCUGUGAAACCGUACAAGAUGGUUCCCCAUAAAUGCAGUCCGAAAUGCAAGCGAAGUGACGUGCUUACACUGAAAGAGCUUCGAACCUACAAUCCUCUAGCAAAACCACUGCUGAGUGGAUGGGAAAGACAAAUAGUCCGUUUCAAAGGGCACAAGGAAGUCAUGUACCGCGCGCCAUGCGGGCGCCGCCUGCGCAGUCUGAGCGAGCUGCACCGGUACCUGCGCGCGACGGACUCGGACCUGCCGGUAGACCUGUUCGAUUUCCAGCCCGCGACACACUGCCUCGCCGAGUUUGUGCUUAACAAAUGCUUGGUGGGGAAAAAGGAUCUAUCGCAUGGCAAGGAGAAUGUCCCAGUACCGUGUGUGAACUAUUAUGACGAGUCUCUGCCAGAGUUCUGUUCGUACAAUACUGAACGGACCCCCACAGCUGGGGUCCCACUCAAUCUGGACCCCGAGUUCCUGUGUGGCUGCGAUUGUACUGAUGACUGUCAGGAUAAAUCGAAGUGCGCUUGCUGGAAGAUGACGCUUGAAGGUGCCCGGACGAUAGGCCUGGACGGGCCUAAUGUCGGCUACGUGUAUAAACGAUUGCCGGAGCCAUUGCCGUCCGGGAUAUAUGAGUGCAAUUCCAGGUGUAAAUGCAAGCAUACCUGUUUGAACAGGGUAGCACAGCAUCCAUUACAACUCAAAUUACAAGUAUUCAAAACGUUGAACCGUGGUUGGGGCAUACGUGCGCUAAACGAUGUACCCAAGGGGGCGUUCCUGUGCGUCUACGCUGGGAAUCUACUCACCGACGCUACAGCCAACUUGGACGGUCUAAACGAAGGCGACGAAUAUCUAGCCGAGCUGGACUACAUUGAGGUCGUGGAACAGAUGAAGGAGGGAUACGAGGAGGACAUACCGGAGGCUGAUAAGAAACUAGAUAAGAAGGAACUAGGCAAGGAUGAUGAGGAAUCCGAUGAGGAGGAGCCCACGACCUCUGAGGAGGAGGAAAACGCCUCCAAGAGUGAUAAAGAGGACGAUGACUUCAGGCCCGGGUACAUUGGGUUAGGAGUUAUGGAGUUUAAUAAACGUCUUCGUAAACGGGAGAAGACGAAGAAAGAUAAAGAUAAACCGAACAUAGAAGACAAUAAAGAAAAAGAUUCAAAAGAAAAAGAUACAAAAGAUGUUAAAGAAAAAGAUAAAGAUAAAGAGUCCUCGAAAGAACCGAAGGAUGGUAACGCUGAUGAGGAUUGUAUUACCAUUAGCGAUGAUGAGGAAGUGAGAGAGCCCUCAAGAUUUAUGGCGCAAGCUGGGAUGGGAGCUAGCGAAUUCAUUUCUAAAUACAAGUCCGUGCGCACUCUAUUCGGUAAGGACGAGGCUUGCUACAUCAUGGACGCUAAGGUACAAGGGAACAUUGGCAGAUAUCUCAAUCAUUCCUGUUGUCCAAAUGUCUUCGUUCAAAAUGUAUUUGUGGAUACACACGACCCUCGCUUUCCUUGGGUCGCGUUCUUUGCAUUAUCCCAUAUAAAAGCGGGCACGGAAUUAACUUGGAACUACAAUUAUGAUGUAGGUUCGGUCCCCGGAAAGGUUCUUUACUGUUAUUGUGGAGCGCCAAACUGUAGGGGUCGAUUGUUGUAAUUCUUGAAUUGUUAUAUUAUAAAGGUUUUUUUGUCAGUAUUUAUUACAGUUCUCGAAAAGUUACAUACAUAUGUAUAAAUUUAGUUUUUUGUAAUUAUUUUUUUUUAGUUUUUAUUUCGCAUGCAUUUUGUUUGGGUAAAUAAAAUAUAUUUUUGUUUAACCUUGAUUCGAAAUUGUUUUAGCAUAUGACUUUAAUAAUGUUCACGCUUAUAACUAGUAAGGAACCGAGUUGUACUAUCAACCUUUAGACCGAUAAGAAUUUGGACAGGGUAGAAAAGUAACUUGGUCUGUCACUGUGAUAAUAAAAAAGUGUCAGGCGACUCACCCCUACCCAAU